ACACCAGAUAACAGUUCUGAAAGCCUGAAAUACAGAACAAGCGCUAUUCUAGCAUGACAACUCUCCGGCAGUUUCAACUGAACGAUCUCUUAAAAUUCAACCAAAUCAAUUUGGAUGUCCUGACUGAAACAUACAACGGUUCGUUUUACAUGGCAUACCUUUCCAAAUGGCCAGAAUCGUUUGUUGUGGCGGAAUCUCCCCAUGGAUCGCUUAUGGGUUACGUGUUGGGAAAGGCCGAAGGUGAAGGGAAGCAAUGGCACGGUCAUGUCUCUGCCGUUACGGUGGCACCAGAAUACAGGCGUUUGGGUUUGGCACAAACGCUGAUGACCUACUUUGAAACGCUAAGCGUUCAACAGUAUAAUGCUUACUUUGUGGAUUUGUUUGUGCGCGCUUCCAACACGUUAGCGAUUGAUAUGUAUAAUAAGUUUGGCUACGUUACAUACCGGAGAGUACUGGGUUACUAUUCCGGUGAACUACCUGAGGAUGCUUUAGAUAUGAGAAAAGCUUUGCCGAGAGAUAAGGACAAGGAAAGCAUCGUUCCUCUCCAAUAUCCCGUGCUUCCCGAAGAUUUGGAAUGGUAGUUUGCAUUGGCAGUCAGAUAAUAGCUUUCGCUGCGGAGUUGCCUUGGUGGGAGAAAUAACAUUUAGUAUAGGCUCAUCAUAAACUAGCUGUAAGAAACGUUUCUAGUCCC